ACGACUGUGAAAAAGUGUUUGAAAUUCGGUUCCUACGUCGAUAAUUUAUAAAAUUUCAUUUAUUAAUGCAUAUAUAUCUUUAACAUCUAUAUUGAUAAAAAUAAUUAGAACUUGAACCGUCAUUACAUUAAGAGUAAAAAAUGGCUUGGGUUCAAUGAAUGCAUUCACUUCCACAGAAUCUUGCAUAUAGGUAUAUGAGAUGUACUAUUACAGUAUUACCUAUUAAUAUUCUUUGUGCCAUGAUGCGUGUUCUGAAAAAGCCUAUUACGUGACAACUCGACCAUACUCACACGUAUUUUGCUUCAAAUGGUCAAGAAUACUGCGAAUGUGUAGUACCUUUUUUACAGCCCGUCCUACAACUUCUUGUGGCAUCCUUAUUAUAAGUUAUUUAAUCUGCAGCAUGGCAUUAAUCAUACUCAACCGGAUAGUUCAAAUAUUCGUGAUAAUUUUGAUAUUCAAUGUCUUGACUGACGCGCAGUACCAUCGUGCUAAGAUGAUUAAUAGAAGAAGACGAAUGAUGCAACGCCGAAUAAAUAUUCAAACUAAGCUGAAACCCCAAGUUUGUUAUGAAUUCGUUGGUUGUUUCGCUGAUCCUCCAUCACCAUUACCUCUCAAACGGCCACCUGAACAUCCUGACAAGAUAAAAACUAGAUUUUUGUUAUAUACCCGUAUCAAGUCAACAGUUCCAGAAGUUCUCAGUUAUGGAGAUGGUUUGAACUCGAUCAGUAAGUCUAGUUUUGACCAGGAAAAAAAUGUUAAAGUAUUGAUACAUGGGUACAAAGGAAGUGGCAAUGACGAAGCCAUUGGUCUUGGAGCGAAAUCACUUUUAGAAGUGGAAGAUGCCAAUGUCAUAGUCGUAGACUGGGAACAUGGUGCAGGAACAUCUUACGCAUUUGCAGUGGCAAACAUAGAGUUAAUUGGACGCCAGCUAUCACUGAUAUUGAGAGACGCAAUUAAAAUGGGCACCAGUGUAAAAAAUAUUCACAUGAUUGGCUUCAGUCUUGGUGCUCAUGUAGCUGGUUGUGCAUCUGAGAUGCUAAAAGGAAACAAUUUACUUGUUGGACGUAUAACGGGCUUAGAUCCAGCAUCACCUUUCUUCAAAAAUCACCUCAUAAGACAACGUUCCAAGAAACUGGAUAUAUCGGAUGCUCAAUUUGUAGAUAUAAUACAUACUGAUGGUUCUGAGACUCUCACUGAUGGAUUUGGAUUGCUAAGACCAAUGGGUCAUGUUGAUUUUUUUCCCAAUGGUGGCCGAGAACAACCGGGGUGUACUGACGUAAAAAAUUCUGUUAUCGUUAGUCAUUUGAAUGAAGAAUCCUUGGAUAGAAGUGUAGCAUGUAGUCAUUUACGGGCUUGGAAAUUUUUCGUGGAGAGUAUUCAAAGUCAAUUAAAAAAAUGCAAGUUUGGAGCAUGGCCUUGUUCUCAAGGAGCAAAUGACUUCUUAAGAGGCUAUUGUUUUCCACAGAAGAUGUCAUUCCCUCAAGAAAUGGGAUACAAAGCCAAUUCCGCUAAUCAAGGAAUCUUUUAUCUAGCUACAAGAGCAGAUGAACCAUAUUGUGGUGAUGUUGUGCGAGCUUCCAUCACUACGGCUGCAGAUGCUAACAUCUAUACAUCGGGGAUAUUGUACUUGGAUAUUGAAGUUCAAGAAGCUUUUACAUCUUUCAAAAUUCGUUGCGAUGUCAGAGAACAAUCUAGGGGACAAUUCAUCUUCUUUAACACAGCAGCAAUAGACUUUGAAACAUUUACUGGGAAUUUGACACAAUCUAUAAUCCAUGGUGUCAUGCAAUAUAAGACUAUAGCUGAAAACGAAAACGAAACUAGUACUAAAAGACCAUUGGAAGUUAUUUUGAAAGUCGACAUUGUUACCAUUGAAGACAGUAGGGGAAACAGAUGGGAGCACCAUGGAUCACAUACUCUUGUCACUAGCGAAGAACCAGUAAAGAUCCAAUUACUGUAUACUACAAGUAGAUAAAAUAGUGGUGAUAAAGUCUGGUAAGGCAAUACGUAUCUACAUAAAUUUGGUCUACUUCUAUAGUGUCAGCGUAUCAUACCUAUUUGAGAUUUUAUUUGAUCAUUGUAUUGUAUGUCCUCGACAGUUAAAGUCAGGAGUUUCGUAUUGGAGGUAGAACUCUGUUGCGCUGAAUCAAAAUCAUGUUUUUUUUCAUAUGAAUUAUGUGUAGCAUUGAUGACAAGUUUUAUUUAAAACAAAUGUUACAGUUCAAAUUUCAUAAUAGAAUAUUAUUUUAUAUAUUUGGACUAAUUAUUAAUAAGUAACAAUGACAUUUUACCUUAACAUUUGGAAGUUGCAAUAUACGAUAUUUUUAUCAUCAAGGCAAUAUACAUAUGCAUAUAUUGUAAGUAAAUACGUAUAUGUAUAUAGCUGAAAUAAAGUUAUACUUUAAGUUGCACAGUACAAAAAUAAUUGUAGUGCGUGUAUUUUAAAAAAAUUCGUCACAUAAAUUUGUGUCAUAUUUCUUUUAGAAAUAGAAUGCAAUGCAGCAUCAGACUGACCAAAAUUUAUACACUUGUGUGGUGUGUUUUUUGUAACAAUACUGCCAUUGAGUGGAAUUUAACAAUAACAGACGAACUGCUACAUAAAAAUGAGAGCUUUAAAUAAGAACAAUUGUUGAUUAACGAGUAGAUCUACUACAAAA